UGUUGGAAUUCUUGACCUCAUGACGGUGCAUUUGUUCGUUGCAUUUCAUGAUAUUUAAUCCGCACAAAACAAUUUCAUUUAAACAAAAGCUUUUAGCCGCAAAUUAAUAAUUUUUUGUCUAUCGCAUUGUUUGUUUAAGACUUGAGUAAGUAAUGCCAAGAUUGAUCCCUGGAUAUCCGCCUGAAUCAUGUAAAGUCAAUACACUGGUAUUUUCAGUACGAUUGAAGUUUAGAGUCAGUAAAAAAAUUAUCUCUUAAGUUCUGUCUGUUGUCUUGUAUAAAUAACAGAGCACUAUAAGAAGAUAACUAUAAAAGCUAAGUAUUUGAUGACAUACAAGAGUUUUUAGAGAUAAAACGUCAGAAUUGUUAUAGUAUUGGGUCACCGGUGUGGUAUUUCGACGGAUUUCAACUGUACGGAGUCUAGUAUCUCCUAGUUACAUAACACACGUCUGUUAGCUGUAGUUGUGCGCUAAAUUCACAGAAUGGACGUUUAUGAAUUUAAAGAGGAGCUUGGACGUGGAUCAUUUGGCGUCGUAAGAAAAUGCUUGGAUAGAAAAAGCCAGAAAGUUUUAGCAGUUAAAGAAAUUAAUCUGGAAUUGGCUGGACAAAACAAGGACGUGAUUACUAACGAAAUUCAAAUAUGUAAAAAACUCCAGCACCAUGAAAGAAUAGUACGUUUAGAAGACGUGAUUUAUCGCGACAAUUUGGUCUAUCUUGUGUUUGAAUAUCUCAGCGGGGGGGAUUUAUUUGACGGUAUUUUAGCGCGGAAUUGGUAUUCCGAGAAACAGUCGUGCUUGUUGGCGAAGCAAAUCUUACAAGCUCUGGGACAUUGCCAUCGAUUGAGAGUUAUACAUCGGGAUUUGAAGCCUGAAAAUAUCUUACUUUGUCGACGAUAUGCAAAAGACGAGGUACCGCAUCUGAAAUUGACUGAUUUUGGCGUUGCUUGUGAAGUUCCAGGUAAGAUUUCUGUUCACUUUCUCAACAUUAGUGAUUCAAAUUGUAAUAAAACGAGCAUCUAG